AUGAAGGAUCCAGUUUUGAAUUCAAUGCAAAAAGAAGCGGCAACCGGCGAGUCGGGAGCGACGCCACAAGAAAUUUGUCAAGAAAAAGAAGAAGACGAACUUUCGAGAAAAACGAAAAAUGUGAAAAUUGUGGUGGAUGAUGAGGUUUCGAGUGGUGGGAAGUCUACAAGUGUUGAGCAACUAUUUUCUCCGCCAAUUCCAACUCGUAAUCGAUCAGAAUCUACACUUCAACCUCAAGGAAGUCAGAAAUACGAUACGAUUACAUUUGCUCCAGCAGUACAGUUGCCUUCAAACUCUGCAUCUGCUCAAUGCAAUGUUGAAAUACAUUUGGGAGAUGAUCGGUCUCUUCCACCACCUCCUAGCCGAGCUCCACCGGUCCCGUUGAGCUACUCUCCAUGUCUUUCUGCAGUAGUUCAUCCUGACGAACAACUAGAUUUCACAGAAGUGCAAUCAGUUUCCGUCGAAGAUCGCGAAUUAGCAGCGAUGUCAUAUGAAGAGGUUAGAAAAACUGCUGAAGAUAUUGAGUCAUAUAUACAAGGACAAAUUCAAGAGAAGUGGUGUCAUGACAGAGCACAAACUGAAAAAUGGAUUGAAAACAUUGCCGGGAGAGUAGCCAAAACUGAAACGAUCAACACGAUAAAAAUGGAAAUGGGCAGUAGGAAACGUCCAUCUCUUUCGCAAGUAUUCGACCAAAGCAAAUCGUCGUGUCCCUCUAUUGCUCCGUCUGAUCCGGAGCCUCACAAUGAUUACGAAAGAUUGUACUUAUCCAGGGAAAAGUUGCCCACUGAACGUCGAAAUAGUACAGAGUCUGAAAGUGGAGAUAUCGAAGACAUUCGUUUCUGA